AUGUUGGUAUUUUUUUUUGACAAGAGGGUGUUUCUAACCUAAAACCAAAAUAUAAAUAUCAUUGUUGAAUAUGUUUAAUAACAAUUGCUAAAUCAAAACACGUACAGGAUGACGUCCAUAGGACGUACUUUACAGCAGGAAUUAUUUUUACCUGGCGAGGAAAGGUUAAUAACCUGCUGCCAUGUUAGUAAAUACCUUAAGAAAAAGAAAACUUCGUUUUUAUGUAUAGUUAGUUCUACCAGUGUCCCCAUUAACAUCUCUAUAGUUCAAGUUAAACAAACUGAUAAACAAGUUUAUAAGAAAAAAAGAAGUUGGGCACUGGCUGAGCUGAAAUCAGUUGAUGGACAUGAUACUUCCAAUGACACCCUUGAAUUUGAUUUAACAUUUGAUAAAGUAUAUCGAUGGGUAGCUUCUAAUGCAAGAGAAAGGCAAGCUUUUAUUCACAACUUAUGGAAACAAUCUUCAAAACAUAUUAUGAAAGAUAAGCCAAUUUUUAAAGGUAUUCAGGAAUCCUGGAUCAAGGAAGAUGUUAUGACACCUGAAAUAACUUUUGAAACUUCACCUCUAUUAACAAUGGAUAAUGAUUAUUCUGAGGAUUUUCAAGCCAUAACUGAAAAAGAACAAUAUGAUCUGUCAAGAUUGAUGAAUAGCUGUGACUUUGCUGUCAGUAAUGCUGAGGCAUUUAUGGAAAAAUUGGCAAGAGAUUUAUCUUUAUUGGAUGGUGAAAAUGUUCAGUCAGUUAUUGGUGCUGAGGAGCAAAUUGAAUCUUUAAUGGAACAAUUGGAAACUGCAAUUAAUGAAGCAGAUAAUCUUGAACAGAAAUUAAAUUCAUAUGAUGAAAUUCUUUGCAAUGUCAGAGAGACUAUGGAAAAAAUGGAAAAGAAAAAUGAAAUGAUAUCAAUUAUGACAAAGAAUGAUCAAUUACUGUUAAGUGAAUUAGAAGGCAUUGUGACAAAACUCAAUUUGGAUAGAAAACAUCAAGAAAUUUUAGAAGAUACUGAUUUCCAAUCACCUGGUGCUUUAAAAGCUGCAAUUGAAGCUGGAAAUGCCUUAAAAGUGGCAAUGAAUUGUGAUGUAAAUAAAGCUUUAUUGCAAAUGAAAGCAAUAGAAGAUCAGAGAAAAAAGUAUGAUAAAUUGAAAAGCAAGUUCUCUAUUAACAUAAGUAGACAAUUAAAUAAUCUUUUCAUCCAUUAUGGAAAUCAUAAAGGUGAAGGUGACAAAGAUGGAUUGAUUUUGCCACAACACAGUGGUGUUCAUAAAGAAUUAAGGCCUUACACAGAAUUAAUGCACUGGAUGAAAGUGAUGGAUAAAAAAGCUUAUGAGCAGAUGAAAAAGGUGUACACAGAAUCAUUAGGAAAAUUGUACAACAGAGACCUAAAAAACUUAUUUGACACAGCAAAGGAAAAAAUACCUAUAGCUGGUUUAGCAACAACUCCAACAACUUUAAUUGGUCUAGAUCGUGACCAGUGGACUUUAGAAGCUAAUUCUCAGGACAGAAAGAAGUAUGAUAGUGUUCUGGAACAAGUCUUGACACAAUUGGAGCCAGUAUUUAUUCAGGAACAACAAUUUUGUGUGAAUUUUUUCCAGCUGGAUGUUAUUAACACAAGCUCAAAAAACACACUAACAACUUUGGAUGGACAAGAUUCAGACACAGGGAUUGUGUCACAAAAGAAAGCUGAAAAGCAAAUCAAUGAAGAUGUACGGAAUAUGAUGAGUAGCUUGUUUUCUUGUUUAAAAAUAGAAUUGGAUGGUUUAAUAGAUCAUAUAAAAAAGCAAGAUAGCUUCUACUGCAUGUAUGUUCUUGUAAGAUUAAAUCAGCAUGUAAUGUCAGCACAAAGCUCAUUUUUAAGUAAUAUUUUUGGAUCAGAAUUGAUUGAAGUUAAAAGAUCAUUGGAUCAGUUUAUGCAAAUGCAAAUAGAUUCAAUACGCGAGUGUCGUUUGGCAAGAAAAUCAAAAUGUGGUAUAUUACCUUAUGUUUCAAAUCUUGAGGAGUUUGCUGUUAAUGCUGAGGGUCUACUUAAAAGUGACAGGAGGGCUGAUUUAGAAAAGUGGUAUAUCAGGCUAGUAGAUACGAUGAUUGAAUAUAUUUCUACACAUUCAAUUGAUCAAAAAACUCCUCAACAAGUCAUUAAAAUGGAAAAUUAUCAUCAUUUAUAUUCAUUACUAUCACAAUUAAAAAUAUCAGUUUUGGAUUCUCAAAGAAAAGAAGCAAAACAAAGAUAUAACGACUCUUUGCAAGGAUAUGUAACGUUGUAUUUUGGACAACCAUUGGAAAAACUGAAUACAUUCUUUGAAGGAGUACAAGCAAGGGUAGCCAGUGGAGUUAAAGCUUCAGAAGUAAGCUAUCAAUUAGCAUUUAGUAAACAAGAAUUAAGAAAAGUUAUUAGCCAGUACCCAGGAAGCACUGUUAAAAAGGGUUUAGAAGCCCUGUAUAAGAAAGUGGAAAAACAUUUAUCUGAAGAAGGCAAUCUACUUCAAGUUGUAUGGAGAGCCAUGCAGGAAGAAUUCAUCAGACAGUAUAAAAAUUUGGAAGAUCUGAUUCAGCAAUGUUAUCCAGGUGCUAUGGUUACCUUAGAAUUUACAAUACAAGAUAUACUACAAUUUUUUUCUGAUAUUGCAAGGUCACAUUAAUUUAUUUCUGUGUAGGUCUACAACACAUCAUAUAUAUAUAUAUUAACAGUAUUCAGGAUCUUUUGUCACUUAUAUUUUAAUUAAAAAUUUUACUAAAAAAUAUAUUUGGACUGUGUUUUCUAAACUAAAAGUGAUGUAUUGUAUGAUCUCCAGUAAUAAAAGUUGUUUUGUUAUAACAUACCAUGUAAGAAAUAAAUAUAUUUAUUUUAGUAACAGGUACAUAUAAAUAAACAUAAAUUAUUCAAUAACAAAAAUAAUUAAA